CAUAUUCCCGUUUGCUCACCUCUCUUCACUUACACCACAAAAUAUCUGAAGACUAAGAUUUUAAAAUUUCGUGCCACAAAUAUAAUCGCAUUAAAUGACCAGCCUACUAGUUUAUAUAAAAAUGUCACUCCUACUAGUUUAAGAAAUAGAGAGUCACGACUCACGAGAUACUUAUCCUACUAGUUUUAGAAAUGAUAAUAUCGUUUCAUUAAUAAAAAAUAUAGAAAACUCAAAAACAUCAACAGAAUUAAAAAAAAAAUAUAAAAUAUAAAAGUUAGAGAUGGUUGACGAAAUAUUGACUACGGAGUUGAGAAUAUUCCCCAAGCUAUACAAAUAGAGGCACGAGACAUCGACUCUCUCUCUCUCUCAGUAGUCUCUCUCUCUCUAGUCCAAUAGUUAAGACACACAAAAAUAUCAAAACACCUCUCACGCUCUCCCUCUCUUUCUCUCUCGUUCAUUGUGGUCAAGAUUCAGACCAGACGAGUUGCGUACAGCUUUUCUUUCUCUUCUCAUUAGUCACAAAAUGUCACUCGCAUCUAUCAUCCUCUUCCUGAUGGUGAUCUUAUUAACUAUCUCUCUUGCACACUCCAAAUUCGCUCCACUUGGGAUUUCCCCAAAAAUGCAAAGUACUGCAUCCGAUAGACGACACAUACAAGAAGCCUCUGCUGACUCUGGUCUCAGUAUAUUCUACUACAAACAGAAUGUAGACCAUUUUACAUUCACACCGGAAAGUUACAAGACGUUUCAACAGAGAUAUGGGAUCGAUUCAAAGCACUGGGCCGGCGCUAAAGCCAACGCACCAAUCUUGGCCUUUCUUGGAGAAGAAGCUUCGCUAGAGUCCGAUUUGUCAAACGUCGGGUUUCUUCGCGACAACGGUAGUCGUUUCAAAGCGCUCCUCGUCUACAUAGAGCAUAGGUAUUAUGGAAAGAGUAUGCCAUUUGGAUCGGCAAAAGAAGCAUUGAAGAACGCGAGUACCUUAGGAUAUCUGAACUCAGCACAAGCCUUAGCAGACUACGCCAAGAUUCUCUUGCAUGUUAAAGAGAAGUACUCAGCCAAACACAGUCCUAUCAUUGUCAUAGGAGGAUCCUACGGCGGAAUGUUGGCGGCAUGGUUCAGACUGAAAUACCCGCAUAUAGCACUUGGGGCCUUAGCAUCUUCAGCUCCUCUUCUCUACUUUGAAGACACCCGUCCUAAACUUGGUUAUUACUAUAUUGUAACCAAGGUUUUUAAGGAAACAAGUGAGAGAUGUUAUAACACGAUACGUCAAUCUUGGGAAGAAAUUGAUAGAAUUGCUGCCAAACCCAACGGUCUUUUGAUCCUCAGCCAAAAGUUCAAAACGUGCAACUCUUUGAAUAAUACCUUUGAACUUAAAAACUUCCUGGAUUUCAUCUACUCCGGAGCAACUCAAUACAACAACAAUCCCUAUCCGGUUGCGGAUUUAUGCAAAGCUAUUAACACCAGCCCGCAAAACAGUAAGACUGAUCUACUAGGCCAGAUUUUUGCAGGUGUUGUUGAUUAUAUGGGCAAUAUUUCAUGUUAUGAUACGUCGUUUCAGCCCACAGACGUUCGCGUGGCAUGGAGAUGGCAGCUUGUUUUUUUAAAAUAAAUUGGCACGAACGCGAGAUAGUGAUGCCCAUAGGACAUGACGCACAAGACACGAUGUUCCAAACGGAACCGUUCAGUAUGCGUCGUAAAAUUGAGAAAUGCGAAUCGUAUUACGGUGUCCCGCCUCGUCCACAUUGGGUCACGGCUCACUACGGCAUUCAGGAUGUCAAGUUAAUCCUUCGACGAUUCGGGAGCAACAUAAUAUUCUCCAAUGGGUUGGUAGAUCCAUACAGUGUCGGCGGAAUUUUGGAGGAUAUCUCAGACACCGUAGUCGCCAUCACAUCAAGCGAGGGUUCUCAUUGUCAAGACAUUGUCGUCAAGAGCAAAGAAGACCCGGAGUGGCUAGUGUUGCAAAGGGAAAAAGAAAUCGAGAUAAUCGAGUCUUGGAUUUCAACCUACAAAAGAGAUCUGAGAGAUCUUAACAUAUCGAUUUAAGAUUAUUGUUGUAAUGAAAUAUAUAACCUACAAAAGAGAUCUGAGAGAUCUUAACAUAUCGAUUUAAGAGUAUUGUUGUAAUGAAAUAUAUAACAAAACUUGUAAAACAAUAUUUGGUUGUAAUAUACUAAUUAGGAUGGAUUGAAACCAAUAAAUUU